AUGAUAUCUCCACGCACGUCAAUGGUGAUGGCUUCGCUCGGUGUCCUCUACUUCCUUACGUGUCUUUUUGUGCUUAUUUCACUGAUCCGGCAUUUGUUCGGUAGUCGGGAUGCCUUCUCCGCCACACUUCUCUUCGACAACAAGCAAAUCGAUUUUCAGAGCCCGCCGUUUUGUUGCUGUUGUCCGUUUCUGCCAAAAGCUAAGAGCACUGUGCGUAAUUUGCGGCACCUGGAAUGGAUGGUACUUCAGGCGCCAGUGGUUCGAGCAAUCAUUGUUGCGUUCAAUGUGGUCGCAGUUGCGGAAUGGCGCGAAGCCGCCAACAGAUAUAUACAUCUCAGCGAAAUGGUAUCGGUCGUCUCGUUGCUUUUGGCCAUCUUUGGUGUUCAUACAAUGGCUAGAUUAACCUCGGACAAAUUGAGUCAGUACGGGUUUAUGACGAUAUUUCGAAUUAUCGACAUUGCUUUGCUUUUCUUCACAGCUCAACAGCCGAUGAUUUUUGACAAUAUUUUGAUACGAUUUGGUGUGUUCAAAUGUGGCCCGCUGCUCUCUGCACCUGAUAACGCUAGAUUUAUAUGCAAUUUUGUGAUCAUUGCGGAAAUGCUGCUGCUCUCUCUUUUUGCGACAUUUUCGCUUGCACCAUCAAGAAGCGCUUUGUUCGAUCUCUAUGGUCGCAAGGAAGAAAGCAGCUUCGAAUCAAGAAUGACCCAGGAAAGCCUUCUUAUCAGUCACACUGAAAGUGAUACGAACAUACUGACCUAA